AUGUCGCUCAAUUGGGUUAUGCUUCAGGACCAAGAAGGCUUCGUCCGCCUUCCAAAUGAACGCUUAGUUUACUCCUCACCUCCCCGCACCAGUGUGUCCUUGACCCCGCCAUCCGGAUACAAAGGCACGGAGAAGCUGUCGGUCCAAAGCAGCGCGGGCUGCAUUCAUCUCACCAACCAAAGAGUCGUCUAUCUCCCAGCAAGCAGAACAAAUGACUUCCAGUCCUUCUCAUCACCACUUUUGAGCGUCAAGGAUUCACAUGUAUCAGCCCCCUUCUUCGGUCCAAAUGUAUGGACAGCGCUGGUACAACCCGUGUCAGGAGGCGGCAUUUCACCAUCCCUGCCAGCUGUGCAGUUGAAAGUCAUUUUCAAGGAAGGGGGAGCAUUUGAUUUCCAUACCAACUUUGAGCGCAUCAGGGAACGACUGGAACAGGCCGUCGAAAAUGGCAGUGAAGGCACCCGUGGCCAGCAGAACGUGGACCUCUCGGCGGUUCACCUGGAAGAGUUGCCUGCAUACGAAGCACCGCCCAAUGUCGGCCAGGCAAGCGCUACCCCCAGCGAACCACCCACAGAGCCCCCAAGCAGCCGAGUAUCGGACGCAGGCACGGAACCUGUGGAGCCGCCUCCAUGCUAUGAGGCAGUUCAGUCGCAAAGUGUGGCAGAUGAACUGGAGGCGCGGUUACGACGAGCCAGCUGA